AUGAAUAAAAUCAACUGUACUGAUCCCAACAAGGAACUAUUUGAGCACAGGAUCCUGCCUACUCUUUACCUCUUUGUUUUCAUCUUUGGGCUGUUAUCUAAUGGAUGGGGACUGAAGUCUUUGCUGCACAACUGGAAGAAACUGAAGAAUAUCAAUAUCUUUAUGCUUAAUCUUGGACUUGCAGACAUGUUGUAUCUGCUCACACUUCCCUUCCUGGUGGUGUACUACUUUAAAGAAAAUACAUGGAUCUUUGGAGACAAGUUCUGCAAGGUAACAAGAUUCUGCUUCAACCUGAAUCUGUACUGCAGCAUCGGCUUCCUCACCUGUAUAAGUGUGUACAGGUACCUGGCCAUUGUCCAUCCAAUAAGAGUGAUGGGAAGAUUAACUGUGACUCACUCUGUGAUCAUCUCAGUCCUGGUUUGGAUCCUGGUGGGUGUUCAAAGUCUGCCAGACAUGUUUUUCCCUAAAACAUCUGAAAACAUGACACAAUGUUAUGACAGCACUUCUAAGAAAUAUGUUGAGGAUUACCUGAAGUACAGUCUUGGAUGGACUCUUAAUGGAUUUUGUAUCUCGCUCCUCAUCAUACUCGGAUGCUAUGGACACAUGAUUUGUGUUCUCUGUCAUAAAAAUACAAUUAACAAGGGCCAAAAGCAAAAAAGCCUGAGAAUGUUGUUCAUUUUGAUUCUUCUCUUCUCAGUUUGUUAUGUGCCUCACCAUGUGUUCAAGAACCUCAAUUUAUAUUCUAGAUAUUUGAGAAACCAGAACAUUUGCACGGACUGGAAUUUCUGGGUCUUCAAUUCUUAUCAGAUCACUCGUGGACUUGUGUGUCUGAACAGUGCUCUGAACCCUCUGGUUUACCUCCAU